AUGAUUAACAGUGAUAACAACUGCGGUAUCACUGGAAAACGAAAGAGAACUGAUCAAACUCCGAUUCAGUUCUUCGUUCGUUCUUUAUCCAAAACAGAAACCUUAGUUAUUCGAGGUUAUUCUAAUGACUCCGUAGAAGUAACUAAAAAUAAAAUCAGAAUGAUCACUGGUAUUCCCGAAGAUCACCAGCGACUAAUCUAUAACGGAAGACAACUCUCCUGUAAAUCGGAGACAUUGUCAUUUUACAACGUUCAGAAUGAUACAACUAUUUAUUUGGUUGGUAAAAUGCCAAGCACGUAUGAUCUGCAGACAUGGAAAAUCACAAAUGAGAUAAUUUUAAAAAUCUCCACAAUUAUGGAAAGUGAUUAUGUCUGCAGUGCUUCGGAUUUGAAGGCUAUGGGCAUGUUAAUGAGACAGUUUACUGAUAAAGCAUAUAACUAUAUACAUUUAUUCAUUUCCUCGUCUGCUCCUGCAGACUUGGUAAUGAUGUACAUGUCUCCAGAUAAUGCUAAGAAAGAUGUUGCUGAUGAAUCCAUUCGUAGAUUCAUCAAUUCAUUGAUGAGUACUGAUUUGUAUAUGAAGAGAUACAGUGAAUGUGCUCGAUUGAUAUUAGUGUUCUGUAAGUUACUGAGAAGAGUUGUUGGGCUUGAGGAUCCCUUGUAUAGUUUUUGUCGGAGUAUUAUAAGGGAAAUAGUAGAGGCCGUUGGGAUUGCAAGGUGCAAGAAGAAUGUUGCUAAUGAAUUGUUAGCAUUGAAUGAUGUUUUUAUGUUUGUUCGUGAGGUUGUAGUUGCUGAUUUAUCGCGUGAGUUAGAAUUGAGUAUGGGAUCAACUGAGUUUACGGGGUUAUCACUGAUGAGCAUUGUGCGUGAUUUUACUGAGUACAUGUACUUGGUGAGGGCAUUGAUGCAACAACCUUUCGACUGUCCAAGCGAUGAAGCAGUGUAUGACCGAGAGUACAUUGAGAGCUUGCAUCAUAUUUUAUCUGACUUACAUAUCGUUUUAUAUGAUUUGCUAGAUAAAAUAGAGCGGUGUUUAAGGAAAUUGGAAGAUCACCUGAGAUUGAUCGAUGAAGAUGGCAGGCUUAUCGUAUCGUGGCUGUCUCAGUAUCUUGUUAUACUGAAAGAGUUAAACAACAUUUCUAAGUUGUUUAACAACUCGGAGGUCUUUUGGCAGAAGUUGAGUAACCAAAAAUUUUCACUGUGCUUUCUAAUCGAGACGUUUGCAAAGAGUUUUGAAGGUUAUCGGUGGAUCAUUGAGCACAAGGAGGUAACCAAUUUCAAAGUACGGAGACAUUUCACAAUGAGGAUGCUUGAAGAAGCUAGAUCCGGAAACAAGGAGGAGUCAUAUGAGAUGCUCAUCGAUAGGUCCGACUUGUUGGAGGCAUCUUUUGAGUAUAUUGUAGAUCAGGAUCCUGCAUUGCUGCGAGGCGAUCUGUUAAUGCAAUUCAAACAUGAAGAAGCUAUUGGGUCCGGAGUGUUGAGAGAGUGGUUCUUCUUGGUAUGUCGAGAGUUGUUCAAUCCUCACAAAGCUCUCUUUGUUGCUUGUCCAAAUGAUCGAAGAAGGUUUUUUCCAAAUUCAGCAUCUAAGGUGGAUCCAUUACACCUCGAGUAUUUCACCUUCUGUGGUAGAAUGAUUGCAUUGGCAUUAAUGCAUAAAAUACAAAUCGGAGUUGUAUUUGACCGUCUAUUCUUCUUGCAAUUGGCUGGAGAGGAUAUUUCAUUGGAGGAUAUUCGGGAUGCAGAUCCCACCUUAUACAGUAGCUGCAAGCAGAUUCUCGAGAUGGACCCUGGGACGGUGGAUCAAGAUAUACUUAGCUUGACCUUCGCUUAUGAUGUUGAAGAAUUGGGGUCCAGAACAACAAUCGAGCUUUGUCCCGAUGGGAAGGAUGUUGUUGUGAACAGUAAGAAUAGGAAGCAGUAUGUCAAUCUCCUUAUUCAACAUCGUUUUGUCAUAGCAAUUGCUUCGCAGAUAGCUCAUUUUUCUCAAGGUUUUUCUGAUAUAACUACCUCAAGUAUCAAAACUUCCUUGUUUCGGAGUUUAUAUCUUGAAGAUCUUGACAAAAUGCUUGAUGGGAGUGGAACUGCUAUUUCUGUCGAAGAUUGGAAAGCACAUACAGAUUACAAUGGAUACGAAGAAAAUGAUCGUCAAAUAUCCUGGUUUUGGAAGAUAGUUGAGGGUAUGUCUGCUGAGAAGAAAAAGGCGCUUCUUUUCUUCUGGACUUCAAUAAGUGUUAUGAUGCAAGAUCGAAUCGACAUAAUCACCCAAGAACAUAUUGGUUGCAGCUUUGGUAACCUGUGA